AUGGAGGAGGAGGAGGCGAACUUGGGUGCCGGGGGUUCUGCCCCGGCAACGAACGCUGGCGGGGAGGGCGCCACGUCUUCCCAGCCUGGUGCGGACCCUUCCUCGGCGGACCAGGAGGAUGUUGACACCGUCAUCGAGGAGGUCGCCAAGGACGCCGAGGACGAGGCCAACAAGAUUUCCGCCGAGGAGGUCGCCAAGACCGCUGCCGAGGAAGCCGCCAAGGGGACUGCCGGGGAGGCCGGCAAGACCGCUGCCAAGGAGGCCAGCAAGGGGCCUACCAGAGAGGCCGGCAAGGAGGAGGACCUUGCCGCUCAUGAGGAGGCGCUCGCCGCCUCACUCUGCGGCAAGGAUGAGGAGGUUGAGAAGCUUGCCGCGCAGCGAACUCAGGAGCUGGAGCAGAGGCACAAGGAGGCACUCAAUGCUCAAGCCCUGGUCCAUGCCAGCAAGGUGAAGGAGCUGGAGGUGGAGCGGGACGGGCUGAAGAGACAAGUCCUGUAG